ACACUCGGUUCGAGUUGAUUCUCCGGACUCAGUCCGUUGCCACUCACGAGUCACCAACUCACAACCAACCUCUCUUUCCCUCUUUCCGCUCUUUAUCUCUGCAAAAUUUCGAUCCCAUCACCAUUUUCUAGGGUUUUUCAAACCGGAACCCGCCGAGGCAAAACGGCCCAGUCUCGCCCCCACCCACGGACGCAGCACACCCUUAUCCUGGAUCUCCCACCACCAGAUUUCUAGGGUUUUUCAUGUUCUGCAGAGCUUUCAUGUCUUAUGAAUGGAGAUUAUUUCCCUCACUCUCUCUUAUCCCCAAACCUUCUUUGUAGCCCUAAUUUUUACUUUUCUCACCUUUUUCCUCGCUCUCCUCGCCGUCCGAUCACUCCCCGGCAAACCCAAAUCGGGCGGCGCUGCCUCUGCCACCUCGUCGUCGAGUGGAAGCGGAAAGGCCUGCACUUGCUGUACUAGUCACCGGGAAGAGGUCGUUUCGGGCUCCGAUUCGGGGCCCGUGAGCGCGCCGCACUUGAACGGCGGGACGGAUACGGACGUGACGGAGAAGCCGACGGCGGCGGUGGCCGUACUGGAGCGGCAUACGGGCGCGUCGAUGAUGGAGCAGCUGGUUCCGGAGAUUACGACGCAUGCUCUUAGCUAUCUGGACUACCCGAGCCUCUGUAGGCUUUCGAUGACCAAUUCGCUCAUGCGGAGGGCCGCCAAUGAUGAUAAUGCUUGGAAGGCGCUUUAUCAUAAAGACUUCACCUUGGAACAGGAUAGCGUAACCCCAGUUAAUGGAUGGAAAGCUUACUAUGCUGCUACAAGAGCGAUUGUGAAUGUCAAUACUGAAUUCUUUAACUUUAUCCGAGGAAGGUCACUUCCAGAAAUGAGUCGUUUAUGGCUGAAUGCAGAUUAUGUGAAGUGUGUUCAUGCCUCUGGAGAACUCUUUUCGGGGUACAAUGCUGUUAUACAGAGUUGGCAACUAGCAUUUAAUUGGGAGCAAGGGGUUAACUUUCAGAUUCGAGAUGUGCGUGCGCGGGUUCUAACAGACAUGGCCUGGGUUACCAUGAAAACCUAUGUUGAAAUUGACACUGGGCCAUUCAAUGUGACCAACGUCUAUGAGUUCCAUAACGGGCGAUGGUACAUGGUGCAUCAUCAUGGCUCUGUGAUGGAUGUAGAGGGAGAACAGCAGAUUGUGCAGGGGUAACAAAGAAGUGAAGAUACGAUGAUACUGAUUAUAUAACUUAAUACUAGUUUUAAGAAAAUAGUGGUAUCUACUGCAGGAGAAAGUCGAUUUAACAUUCGAUAUAUUUUCCCCGGAAAGAUGUUUUUAAUUUUUCCAACCUCAGUUUUGGUUGUUUUUCUGGUAAAAAGGGGGUUUGCUUCCCUUUUCUCUCCCUGUUAUUGCUAUUAUCAUAAUUGUUGAUAAUUUGUUUUUGCGGAAUUAAUUAGUUGGAUAUAAAAAUGAGUUUGAAUGA